AUGUGGAAAGCAGCUAUUAACCAUAUUGCGAUCAGUAUUAUUGAUAAUAAUAGUGACAAACAGUUUGGACCUAAAACAAGUGAUGUAUCGCAUCUACCAUCUUUACCAACUCAAUCAAGCCUCGCUCCAUUAGUUUCAUUUGACGAAAAUGGUGAUAUUCCACUUCCUGUUGUAGAUCAAUCAUCUAAUGCUAUUCUUCCUUCUACUUCUCGCCAUAAUUUUAUUGUUCAUUAUUGUUGUAAUUGUUGUUCUUGGAAACGAUUUCGAAGUGAUUUUUGUCAUGUUUUCUCACACUUUUGCUUUUCUCAACUUGGUCUAUCAGCUCUUGUUUUUAUUUAUAUUGCACUUGGUGGUCUUAUUUUCUAUACAAUUGAAUCAAAAUAUGAAUCACGUAAAAAUGAACAAAUAAAAUUGGAACAUUCACGUGGUAUUCGUAAUAUUCGUUCUAUAGCUACUACUGAAUUCAAUUGGAUGUUAAAUGCAUCAUUUGAAUUACGAUAUGCACUAUGGCGUGGAAUGAUGUCACGUAAAGAUGGUUAUGAUAAUAUUGGAUGGCGUGUACAUGUUAAUAGUGAAAGAUUUGAUAAAUUAAUUGAUGAUGAAUUAGCAAGAAUGCAAGCUGAACAAGAAAAAUUAUCUGAUAAACAUGAUUCACGAACAGAUACAUCAUAUAAUCAAAAAUGGACUUUUUCAACAGCUAUGCUCUAUUCAGCAACAGUGAUAACUACAGUUGGUUAUGGACAUAUAGCACCUAAAUCAAUUUUAGGCAAAGUAAUGACAUGUCUUUAUGCUAUGUUUGGUAUUCCAAUUAUGAUUAUGUGUUUAACUAAUACGGGUGAUUUACUUGCUUUUUUCUUCAUUAAAUAUUAUUCAUUAACAAUUCAUUUUAUUCAACGAAUGAUUAAACGACGACGUACAAAAUAUUCUCGUGAAGUAGAUAAUAGUUAUAUAGAACAUGUACCAAUAGCAGCUACACUCGGUGUACUGGCAUUAUAUAUUGUGGCUGGUGCUGUUUUAUUUUCUCAUUGGGAAGGAUGGUCUUAUGUUGAUGGUGCUUAUUUUUCAUUUAUUACAUUUACUACUAUAGGUUUAGGUGAUUUAGUACCUGGCAAAGGAACAUUAACUGAAAAUAAAAAUGGAAAAUCAUUUUUAUGUGCAUUAUAUCUUCUUUUUGGUCUUGUUCUUACGGCUAUGUGUUUUAAAUUAAUGCAAGAUGAUUUAUUUGCAAUUAAAAAAAGAGUUUUUACUCGUUUAGGCUUUGAAACUCAACCUAAUGUACAUAAUCAUCGUCAACCACAUGUAAAUGAAACUAUGAAAUGA